AUGUCUGGUGUUGCUACUCAAAAGAAUAGGUUUGUCUUAUGGUUAAGGUCUUUGUUUGUUUGGUAUCCUAAAAAUUAUGAACCAUUAGAACGUAAAUUCUUAUUCAAGUUGGAUAUUUCAAUUUUAGCUUAUGCCUGUGUUGCUACAUUUGUUGCUGGUUUAGAUAAUGCUAAUAUCAAUAGUGCAUUCGUCUCAGGUAUGAAAGAAGAUUUGAAACUAUAUGGUAACGAAUUAAAUUAUUUGAAUAUUUGUUAUCAAACUGGUGUUAUUGUUGCUCAAAUCCCAUUACUAUUGAUUAAUUCCCGUGCAAAUUUAGCACCAUACGCUGUUCCAUUGAUGCAGUUGGCGUUUGGAGUGCUGACAAUAUUACAAAGCCAAGUUAAGACUGUACAACAUCUAUAUGUUAUUAGAUUCUUUGUUGGAUUCUUUGAUGGACCUAUGUAUAUCACAGUGCAUUUCAUUUUAGGAAAAUGGUUUGGAUCACGAGGCUUUAGAGGAAACCCUUCAGAACUUUUUGUCCGCACCGGUGUGUUCUUUAGCAGUACCUCGUUGGGAACAAUUGUGAAUUCGUAUCUGCAAGUUGCAGCUUACAAGAAUCUAUCUGGGGUGAAUGGGUAUAAAGGUUGGCAAUGGCUAUUCAUUAUUGAUGGGAUCAUAACUAUUCCAGUCGCAAUGAUCGGACUUUCAUUCUUUCCAGGGAUUCCAGAGUCACCAAAACCGUGGUGGUUUACACAAGAUGAAUAUAAACUUUCAAACAAGAGAAGAAUACGUUAUAAGAUUGGUAAAGCUCAAAAAAUUGGACUUGAUGCUUUUAAGAAAGCACUAACCGAUUGGAAAUUCUAUGUCUUUGGAUUAUCUUAUAUUUCAAUGUUGAUUGCUUGGUACCCAACUUUAUAUUUUUCAUUAUGGUUGAAAGCUCAAGGUACAUAUAGUGUUGAACAAAUUAAUGUUUACCCAACAGUGCAAAACAUCAUUAAUCUUGUGACAAGUUUUUUCGCAACAGCUAGUGCUGGUGUUAUCUCUCCAUGGAAACCAUAUAUGAUUAAUGUUGCUGGAUCAAGUAUUUUCACUUUAAUCAUGACUAUCUAUAACGUUCCAAGAGGUGCUGUUUUCUUUGCAUUCUAUAUUGCUGGUUUGAUCGGAGCUGGUAGUCCAAUAUUGUUUGCAACGUUGAAUAGAAUAUUGAAACAUGAUCAAGAACAAAAAGCUAUUAUCAUGGGAUCAACUAUGAGUUUCGGGUUUUUAGCAUUCACUUUUGUUCCAUUAGGAUUAUUUCCAACAUCUGAAUCUCAAGGUGCAAAAGCCGCACCUCGUUGGAUCAUGGGAUGGCCAGCAGCUUUAGCAUUUUCAUUACUAAUGGGUGUCUUAUAUAUUUUAACAACCUACUUGGAUAACAGAGAUAGAGCAAAGAGUGGGUACAAUGAAAAUCCACAGGAUGAUGUGGUGACUGAUGAUGAAUAUGAUGAAGUUGAAGAAUCAAUUACCAGUUCUGCUGCAUCGGAUAUCCAACUUGCAAAUUUGAAUAACGCUAAAGUUAAGACGGAAGUUGAGGUGAAGACCCUUUAA